AAGAAACACCAGGGGAAGCAAUGAAGGCUAACAGCUGAGUGGUAACGGUUGCCAUGGUGCCGGUAGAGACAACAGAGCAGAGCGGACUUGCUGUGUAGUGAUCCCAGGAGAUCCCGCACUGACCGGAGAUCACCGGAGCCGGAUCCUAAGAUGAAGACCAUGAAUCCCCCCGAGAAUAUCUAUAACCUCAUCCCCACAGAGGAGGUCAGAGCAGCCCGGCCCCCCCGAUAUGUUUCAACAUUCAGUGAGUCUGUGAAGAUCGAAGAGACCAAAAAUAAAGCAGCCCGCAAAACAAUGGGUCCUCCAAAAGUAGAUGUGCCCUCGCCUAAAGAGUUUCUACACAAGCACACCAAAGAAGCCACCCUGGCAGAAAAGAGUGCUUUGUAUGAUUCCACAGGUAGGCCUCCCCGGUGCUUGGCAGAAGAGAAGCGCCCUUCAGUACCACACAGGACAGAGCAGCCACUCAUGGGAGUGCAAACUAACAAAAGUUUCAUCACGACCAAUGUAGCCGAAGCUGUAAUGGCUGUGCCUAAGAAACCACAGCCCAUCUAUGUGGACACAAAGAAAGGAGAUAAACAUCUCCUGGAUACCUCUGGACUUGUUCCUAAGUACAUCAAAAAGAAGGAUUAUGGUUCUACACCUGAGUAUUUAGCCAAGAGAAAUGAAGAAGUACGGAGAGCUCAAGAGGAAUAUGAUGCCUAUGUGAAGGAACGUCUUAGGAUGGGAGCCAUGAAGCAGCUUUCUGAAGAGGAGAGGCAGAGUGUGCUGGAGGGCAUAAAGAAAAACUGGGAUCAACUUCAUCACGAGUAUCAGGGUCUAUCAGUUGUGAUCGAUACUCCCCCCAAAAAGGCGCACAAAGAGAGGCUGGAAGCCGAAAUGAGACAGUUGGAGCGGGAUAUUGAUAUGAUCGAAAGGCACAAGAUCAUCUACAUCUCUAAUAACUAGAUCCCCCCUCGGUGUACAGUGUGCAUAGCAGACAGAGGAGAGACAAGCCUUUCUAGUGGGAGACAAUAAAUUAUAUAUUUUAUU